AUGAAGUUUACUCUCCUAAUGCCUUUUGCCGUUUCUGCUGUGGUAUCCCUUGAUAUUGGAGAUGAUCUCAAUUUUCAUUUGGAUUUAAUCAAACACCAGCCAUGUAAUCGUGGAGGCAAUGCAAAGUGGACAAAAAAGUUGGAGUUUGAGUCAGGAACCGAUAGAAGUGGUCCAAAGUUAGAACCCAGUCCUGGUCGAGCAAACUGUUACGCAAUAGGUGGAAGAGUUGAUGUGCUAGAAGACUUCCGCGGUGAAUUUUCUAUCUAUCUGGAACUCCGUAAUAGUGCAAGCAAGAAACAAGUACCAGAAAGUUGUGUUAAACAGGGCGCUGAUGGAUGUGGUGGCUUUGGUUCAUGCCUUUACUGUAAUGCGUGUAAAACGUUCGAAGACAAUGUUGGCGUACAGGCACAGCUCCUCUUGGACGGAAAUCCGAUCAAAUGCUCGGAUGGACUCUCCAAAGGGACGUAUGAUAACUUAAAACUUGCUUUCUGUCUUCCAAAGCUGGAGGAUAUUCUGCGUACGCAAGGACUUACAAAGGAGUCAUUCCUUCAGCUCGUUCGUAGCGACGAAGGUCAAUCUGUUCGCUCUAUGGGGAUUUUUGCUACUGUAUACAUCUUCGAUACCGAUGUCAGCAAGCAAAUGCAAACUCAAGCAAGAAUUGAAAGCGUAUAUCGCAAAACCAAGAAGAGUUUCUUUAAGGAUGAACCGCUCCCAGCUGAUGUUUAUUGGAGUCUACCAUUCAAUAUGAUGAUAAAGAAUCAGCAAGUAUUUGUAGCAUGCCACAAGAUUUAUGGUAAUCUUAAAAUCAAUCAACAUUAA